GAACUGAUGAAAAAGAAAAUCUCUAUCUUCUAAACCAACAGCUACUCUACACAUCAUGGUGGUUGAUUCUCUCUUCGCCAUGGAAUCCUGAUUCCCAUCCUCAUUCCUAGGUACACCCAUAAACCCUAGAUUCACAAAUUCACCCGCCCAAAAUUCACACAGAAGAACAAACAUAGACUAUUUUAUGCUUUUCUUUUUUUUUUUUUUUUCAAGGGGAUUCUCAUUUUCAUUUUAUUGUAAAUCUUGUUUUUGCUGUGGCUUGUUCCCAGAAGAAUAUUGACCCAGCUGAAAUCAUGAACCUUAACUCCGCUGUUUGCUUCAAGAAAUAGAAAGAAUUGGAAAGUAGUUUGAUUUCUCGAAGUCUAUAGUUUUUGUCGGAUUAUUUUUUCGUCGUUGUUUUUGAGUAUGCAUAGAUCUGGAGCCGCGAUGGCUUGGAAUGUGUUUAAGUUUUGUACGGCUCUACGGGGUCUGGGCUCGAUCAUGAUCCUGCUGGUCCUCGGGGUCGUGGGAGUCACUUACUAUGCUGUUGUUUGGACUAAUUAUGGCCCGGCUCUCUACAACGGUGGCCUCGAUUCUGUUGUAGCUCUCGGUAUCCUGAUCUUGUUUCAUUGCUUGAAAUUGAUGCCAGCAGGGAGAUAUUUUUGUGGUGUUUUCACCGAUCCGGGCACUGUCCCACCCAAUUGGAGGCCUGCUGUUGAUGAAGAAAGAGGAGAGGAUGCUCCAAUAAAUGAACCUGAGCAGCCUGAUCCCUCAAAUCAAAGAAUCCGCUUCUGUUGAAAGUGCAACCAGCUGAAACCUCCUCGUUGCCAUCAUUGUUCUGUUUGUGGUCGGUGUGUACUGAAGAUGGACCACCAUUGUGUCUGGGUUGUUAAUUGUGUUGGGGCGCUAAAUUAUAAGUACUUCUUUCUUUUCCUGUUCUACACAUUUCUUGAGACAACUCUUGUGACUUUGGCAUUAUUGCCACAUUUUAUAGCAUUUUUUAGUGAGGAGGAAAUUCCUGGAACCCCAGGCACCCUUGCAACCACUUUUCUUGCCUUUGUUUUGAAUUUAGCAUUUGCGUUGUCUGUUUUGGGCUUUCUGAUCAUGCAUGUCUCUCUGAUUUCAGCCAAUACCACAACCAUAGAGGCAUAUGAGAAGAAGACCUCACCAAGAUGGCGUUACGAUCUUGGUCGGAAGAAAAAUUUUGAACAGGUAUUCGGGAUGGACAAACGAUACUUGUUCCUUCCAGCUUACUCAGAAGAAGACUUGCGUCGGAUGCUAGCACUUCAAGGUCUUGAAUAUCCAUCGAAGCCCGAAUUUUGA